AUGAGACGACCUUGGAGUAUCUCUCCUGGAGUGGACAUUCCUCUCAAAACUAAUUACGAAAUGGUUGAAAUUUUCCAUGCGUGGAAUGACACGGUAAACGCUGAAUUUACACAUUUUCAACGGCAACGAGUUCGCAGUAAGAGGAUAGAGGCCGCACCACUCCCACUCUUCAAGUCCUCACUCUCAGCUACAGUGCCCAGGAAGGCCGUGGACUGGAUAGUUCAG